AUGCUCAGAAGGUCUAUUCCCAGGGGUGGUUGGAGUUGGAGGACCCCCUGGCUCCUUACCUCUCCUCGAAUUUUCUGUCUCAGCCUCAUAGUCUUGUUGGGCCUGGUAGGGCUGCUGCAGGGACACCCCCAGUGCCUGGAUUACCGGCCCCCCUUCCAGCCCCUCCAGCAUCUUCAGUUCUGCUCUGAUUAUGAGUCCUUCGGCUGCUGUGACCAGCGCAAGGACCACCGCAUUGCUGCCCGGUACUGGGACAUCAUGGAAUACUUCGACCUAAAGGGCCACGAGCUGUGCGGCGGUUACAUUAAAGACAUCCUCUGCCAGGAGUGCUCGCCCUACGCAGCCCACCUCUACGACGCUGAGAACCCGCGCACGCCCCUCCGGAACCUUCCUGGCCUCUGCUCUGACUACUGUUCUGCAUUCCACUCGAACUGCCACUCCGCCAUCGCCCUGCUGACCGAUGACCGCCGCCUCCGGGAAUCCCCUGGAGAGGAUGGCACACGCUUCUGCCACCUUCUCAACCUUCCCGACGAGGACUACUGCUUCCCCAGCAUCCUGAGGAGAGGCCAUCUCAACCGCAACCUGGGCGCGGUGGCCGAGGACCCUCGGGGCUGCCUGCAGCUCUGCUUGGCCGAGGUGGCCAACGGGCUGAGGAACCCGGUCUCCAUGGUCCACGCUGGGGACGGCACCCACCGCUUCUUCGUGGCCGAGCAGGUGGGGGUGGUGUGGGUCUAUCUGCCUGAUGGGAGUCGCCUGGAACAACCCUUCUUGGACCUCAAGAGCCUCGUGCUGACCACCCCCUGGAUUGGGGACGAGAGAGGCUUUUUGGGGUUGGCUUUUCAUCCCCGAUUCCGCCGCAACCGGAAGUUCUAUAUUUAUUAUUCAUGCCUGGGCAAGAAGAGGGUAGAAAAGAUCCGGAUUAGUGAGAUGAAGGUUUCUCGGGCUGAUCCCAACAAAGCUGAUCCCAAAUCAGAGAGGGUCAUUUUGGAGAUAGAAGAACCAGCCUCAAAUCAUAACGGUGGACAACUUCUUUUUGGCCUAGAUGGCUAUAUGUACAUAUUCACUGGGGAUGGAGGACAGGCUGGGGAUCCCUUCGGCAAAUUUGGAAAUGCUCAGAACAAAAGUUCCCUGCUGGGGAAAGUGUUAAGGAUUGAUGUGAAUGGGGCCGGCUCAGGCGGCAAGCGGUACCGAGUGCCCGUGGACAAUCCAUUUGUUUCUGAGCCAGGGGCCCAUCCUGCCAUCUACGCCUAUGGGGUCAGAAACAUGUGGCGCUGUGCCGUGGACCGAGGGGACCCCGUCACGCGCCAGGGCCGAGGUCGGAUGUUCUGUGGGGACGUGGGACAGAACCGGUUUGAAGAAGUUGACAUCAUUGUUAAAGGUGGAAACUAUGGCUGGAGGGCAAAGGAGGGGUUUGCAUGUUACGACAAAAAGCUCUGUCAAAACGCCUCUUUGGACGAUAUUCUGCCAAUCUAUGCUUAUGGCCAUGCAGUGGGCAAGUCGGUCACUGGAGGCUACGUCUACCGUGGAUGUGAAUCACCAAAUCUCAAUGGUCUCUACAUCUUUGGGGACUUCAUGAGUGGUCGACUUAUGGCUUUGCAGGAAGAUAGAAGAACCAAGAAAUGGAAGAAACAGGACAUUUGCCUGGGCAGCACUGAGUCCUGUGCCUUCCCGGGGCUGAUCAGCUCACAUAGCAAGUUUAUCAUCUCCUUUGCUGAAGAUGAAGCAGGGGAGCUCUACUUCUUGGCCACCUCUUACCCCAGUGCCUAUGCACCGCGUGGAUCCAUUUACAAAUUUGUUGACCCAUCAAGGAGAGCACCUCCAGGCAAAUGCAAGUACAAACCAGUGCCGGUGAAAACCAAGAGUAAGCGGGUCCAGUUCAGGCCACUCGCCAAGAUGGUCUUGGACUUGCUAAAGGAGCAGUCUGAGAAAGCCGCUAGAAAACUGUCCAGUGCGACUUUAGCUUCCAGUCCAAACCGGGCCUCAUCUCAGAAAGACUCCUUCAGGAAGCCAGCUUCUCCCACAAGCAGCCGGAAGACAUCUCCAAGGCCUGGUGCAAAGAAGAGAGCCAGGGUGUGGUCCCCAGGCUCCCAGGGGAAGAGGAAAGGGAUCCCCAAACGCCCUGGUGGCAGAACCAGGCAGGCCGCAUGGCAGAGACGAGCUGGCAGAAGUCUUCCUCCGCCUCUUGGGUCGAGGUGGCCGCUCAGGGGACCAGAAGCACCUCACCACGUGGAAGCUGCUGCUGCUGCUGAACGUGACCUUAGACGUGCGGGAAGCCAGGGGUGGAGGGGUAGGGCCUCGGAGCCAGGCUGGCCUCCGAAGCCCGGGCGGCCACGUGUCAUCACGGCGCAGGCCUCGGUCCAGGCCACGCUGGCCAAGCUCGGAGUCCCGGAAUCGGCUCAGAACGCGCAAGCGGGCCGCGGACAGGCAAGUGGGCUCUUAGCCACAGCGCUCCCCGCCGGCUGCGCGGCGCAACUGCAGGCGCAACACCGCUUCCGCGCGCGCCCCGCCCGCGGCGCAGUGCCGGGCGCCAGCCGCCCCCUCUGCCCUUUUGUGGCUCAGUGCAGGGCGUGA